AAAUGUUAAUGAUGUAAAUAAUUUUAUAGCUGACAUUUAAAAGUGAAGUGCAUGAGACCAAUUCCAGAAAUAUAUGCAAACUGAAGGAAAGCAUUUAUAGAAGUAAUGAAGCUAUAGUCAUCAGUAUUUUGCAUAAUGUCAGUCUACACAAGAUUAUGCAUACACAAAGAUGCAUAAUGCACAAGGACACCACUUUCAGGAUCUUCUGUACUUAACAUAUUCUUUUCCACAGAUAUGUCAUGGUUGUCAGGUAUCGUUGGAAAAGCUGAAGAUUUAUUGAAUCAGGUCGAUCAGACUGCUGCUCAAGCACUACAUAAAAGUCAGACUCAGAGUGAAAAUCGUAUUGGAGAGACUUUUGUUAAUUUGAAUAGCGUUUCGCAAUUUCCUCAGACGAUUGGUAGAAAGGAAAAUUAUCAAAUGAGGUCGGAUUAUGCGUCGGCUGAAGUAAAUAAACAAAUACCUUCUUUUUCCCAGAAAGUCACCACUACGACGAAACUUUCCGCGUCACCUACAAAACAGGCAGUUGGAAAAAGUAAAGUUACUGACGAUGAUGAAAAAUUGUUAGAAUUUUUGAAUAGUAAUGAGACCAUUUCUGUUUCUAAGAAGCCGUUAACUCCCAAGAACGUUUCAUCACCUUCAUUUAAUGUUGCAUUGGAGAAAAAACCCGAAAUUAAUCUUAAUUUAGUUAAAAUGGAGAAAAUUGAUGAAACUUAUCAAACUUCUGAUAACAUCCAUGAUACAAAACAAACUAAAAUGAAUGAAAGUGAAAAUAUUUCUUUUAUUGCUGAAAAGGAAAGAAAUUUGAUAGUUGAAGAUAAAAAUAUUGAGGAACAUAAUUUAGAAAUUCUCACUGAAGAGAAAAUUUCAGAAAUGAAGACAAUAAAUCAACUUCCUGAAUCCAGUAUGAUAAAUACUGUAGAUGACAAUUUGAAAAAAGAAAAUGAACUAUUACGAAAGGAAAUAGUUUCUCUUAAUCAAGAAACAACAAGUUUAUUGCAUAGAAAUAAAGACAUUGAAGCAGAAAUGAAACGAAUGCAAAAGAAAUUAGAUCAUUGGAAUUGUCAAGUAUCUGACAGUGAUCGAUUAAUUCGAGAAUUGCAGGAAAGAGAAGUUGAUUUAACUGCAAGUUUAAAUGCAAAAGAUUCUCAAUUAGCAGUGUUACGUGUACGAUUACAAGAAGCAGAUCAAGAACUUAAAGUGAAAAGAUCAUUAGUAGAAAAGUUACAUACAGAAAAUGAAAGAUUAUUACAAGAUCAUAAUAAUUCAAGUGGAUUGCAUAAUCAGAUGUUGGAAUCUGUAAAAGAGAAAUUGCAAGAAACUGAAAUGGCUCUUCAACGUGAAAAGGAUGCUUAUAAAUUAGCUCAGGCUGAAAAUAUGCAUAGAAUAAGUCAGUUGGAGGAUGAAAAACAAAAACUUGCAGAAAGUUUGACUGCAACACAAAAAAUGAUGGCAGAAGAAAAAGCUCAUAAUAAAGAAUUAUCAAGUCAAUACAAAUUUGCUUCUUUGAAUCUGGAAACAUUAAAAAGAGAAUUUUCUGAUUAUAAACAGAAAGCUCAACGCAUUUUACAGUCAAAAGAAAAAGUGAUUUCUAGUUUAAAAGAUUCUCAGCUGAUGUAUCGAGAACCUGGUGAUGGUUCUGAAACUAUAAUUGAUUCUCCAGCAUUAAAUGUUGAAUUAGAAGAAUUGAGACAGGAAUGUGAAACUCUUAGGGAGGAAUUGCAACGAGCUAAUAAGAAUGCAGAAAAUUUUCAGUCAGAAUUACAAGAAACUGAAAGAAUAGCUCAAAAUGAUAUAAAUGAGUAUCAAGACCAAUUAAAAAACAUGGAAGAACAGUUUGUGCAAGAACAGCAGCAGAGAUUAUCUCUAGAACAAGAAUGUUUACAACAAAAAGAGGAAAUAAAAUAUAUCCAAGAAGAUUUAACCAGGACAAAAACUAAUUUGCAAUCUCGAAUUCAAGAUCGAGAAACUGAAAUAGAAAAGCUUCGAAAACAGUUGACAGCAAAAUCUCUCAGUGUCUCCAGUCAAUCAGAAUUAGAAACACGACUUCAUGCAUUAACGGAAAGUUUGAUUCAAAAACAAACAGUAGUUGAAGCAUUGAGUACAGAAAAAAAUUCAUUAGUGCUCCAAUUGGAACGAUUAGAGCAACAAUUGAGAGAACUUCAUGAUAGUGGAUCACGUCGCCAAAACACUGUUGUUGGUAUAGGAGCAGCAGAAUUAUCACAUGAAAAAUAUCAGUCUAAAAAUAAUUAUUUCCUUGAAUCACCAUAUGAUGGACCAAUUGCUAGAAAAGUGAAAACUGUUUAUGGUGUUAUAGAUUCUUUCAGUAUUCGUCUGGGUAUUUUUUUAAGACGAUAUCCUAUAGCAAGAAUUUUUGUGAUUUUAUACAUGUUCCUACUGCAUUUGUGGGUGAUGAUAGUUUUAUUAACAUACACUCCAGAAAUCCACAGAUCUCAACAUAACUCAAAUCAAAGAUAAUUAUUACAGACUUUAAAAUUAUGUAGUUAUUUAUAGUUUAAAACAUCUUAAAUAUUCUUUAAGAAAUCUAAAUUAUAUGCAAAAGUUUAUUGUCAGUGUAAAUGAAACAAUAAAUUCAAUAAUAAUUUUAAUAUUUCUCUUAAUAUAAUUCAAGUAUAAUUUUAUAUCAGUCAAGAAUUUGUACAUUUUUGAA